AUGCACGGAGUUGACACCCUUCCAGGAGACCUCCUGUGUACUCUGCCCCCCCUCGCGUCCCCUCGCGUCCCCUCGCCAUCCCUGGCUCCCCGACUCCACGAUCCACCUUCCCCUCCUUCCUCUCCGCUGAGGUGCCUACUCCCGCGAUUGCAGGGCGCCCAUCUUCCCAGCCCGGGCAAAACCCGGAGAGCUGGAAUCCCGCGCCCGGAGCGCCCCGGCGGCCACUGGGCAUGCUCCGUUGUCAGGCAGGUUCGGGGCUGCGAGCCGCUUUUGCGCCUCGCGGAUUCCUCCCGCGGCCGCGCGUCCUCCUCUUCCCGAGCAGGCAGCGGGCGCAUGAUGGCGGCGGCGGGGAGCGCCAGCGGCGGUGGCAGCAGCGGCGGAGGCGGCGGCAGCAGCAGCAGCGACACAUCCAGCACUGGCGAGGAGGAGCGGAUGCGGCGCCUCUUCCAGACUUGCGACGGCGACGGCGACGGAUACAUUAGCAGAAAUGACUUAUUGAUGGUCUGCCGCCAACUGAAUAUGGAAGAGUCUGUGGCUGAGAUCAUGAACCAGUUGGGUGCAGAUGAACAUGGGAAGAUUUCCUUUCAGGAUUUUACAAGGUGCCGCAUGCAGCUCGUUCGAGAAAUUAGGAAGGAGGAAGUAGGUCUUUCUGAGAAGUCAGACAACUCCUGUAAAAAGAAGAAGCUGAGGGAUAGAAUUGCAUCCUGGCCCACAAGCAGCGACAACAGUUUGGGUGCCCUGUCAGCAGCCAGGGAGAGCUGGGAGUAUGACUCCGGUGCCAGGGACCUCCAGAGCCCGGACUUGCAGAGUCAGUGGGCCCUGCAGAAGCUUCUCGAGUGUGGCGGACGCUCUUUGCAUCAGCAGGCUGCUGCCCUCCACAAACUGCUCACACAGUCACGGCAUUUUGGCAGCUCUGUAGGAGGAAGCUAUCUGGAGCUGGCCAACACAGUGAGUACUUUCUGGUUCAUAAAACACAUCUUUAGGCCUGUAUGUAUUCCAAUACAGGUAUUUUAAUUUUGAGCUCCAGUAUUAUCUUUCUUAUGAAGCUAAACAACCAUAUACCGUUUACAGCAUUGCCAAUAAUGUUAAGUGCUCCACAAACACUUGUGAUCAGUGACUUCACUCUUGUCAAAGGCUUUUCAAUGAAGUCUGCAACUUGUAUGGAUUUAAUUACUAGAGUAUUGACAACAGCUUUUCCAUGACCAGAGUGCAAAUUGAUAGGAUGUAAUCCUUUCUGCUCCCUAAUUUGGAUGUUAAUCCUUUAAAAUGCAAAGAGGAAAAUAUUUCAUUGAAAGUUUGAUUAUUGUUUCUGCUUGUACUUUAAAAACAUUUUCUGUUGGGGCACCUGGGUGGCUUAGUGAGUUCAGCGUCUGACUUCGGAACAUCUUCCAUGUGAUGUUAGAGCAGGGGAAUACAGGUGGGUGGCUGAUGGUCUGGGCUGUUUUGGGUGACAGGCAGAUGGCUUAUAAAUUAAGAUUACUAACCAACCGCUGUGAGAAUGGUCUGCAAACCUACAUUGCUUUUUGAAAUUGAAGUUUGAAUGGUAGAAUAGACAUCUUGACAACUUCACUUAUGUAUACUUAUAGUCUGCUUUGAUGUAGACAACUGAUUUUCAAACUUUUUGUGUUUGAGAUACUUUUCUGAUUCCGACACUUUUGGUGACACGUUCAAAGGAGCUAACAAUUCUAAAUAUUCCAACAAUAAUUAAAAUAUAGUUCUUAGAUCCCAAUUAAAAGGGCAUUGUAUAAAAUACCUGACCAGUACUCCUCAAAACUGUCAAGGAUAUCAGAGGCAAGGAAAGUCUCAGAAAAAGAAACUCUCACAGCUCAGAGGAGCCUGAGAAGAUAUGGCAAUUAAAUGUAAUAUGGCACCCUGAUGGGACAUUAGGUAAAACACUAAUGAACCUGUAUAAAUUAUGGGUUUUAGUUAAUAAUAAUGUGUCCAUAUUUGUUCAUUAAUUGUGACAUCUAUACCAUAAUAAUGUAAGGUGUUAAUAAUGGCAGAAACAGGGUAUGAGGUAUAUGAGAACUAUCUUUGCAACUUUUCUGUAAACCUAUAACAUACAGAAGUGUUCAUUUUACUAAAAUUCAUGAAGUAUACCCUUACAGUUUGUACACUUCUCAUAUACAUGUUUUAUGUGUAUAAAAGCUUGUGACAGGGGCGCCUGGGUGGUUCAAUUGAGCCUCCGACUCUUGAUUUCCGCACAGGUCAUCUUCUCGAGGUUCGUGAGUUCGAGCCCCACAUUGGGCUCUGCGCUGAGGGUGAAGAGUCUGCUUGGGAUUCUCUCUUUCCAUCUCUGCCCCUCCCUGCCAUUCUCUCUCUCUCUCUCUCUCUCUCUCUCUCUCUCUCUCUCUCUCUCAAAAUAAAUAAACUUAAAAUUUUUUUUCAAUAAAAAGCUUAUGACAAACAUAAUAAAAAUGGUGACUGUUCAUUGGACUACAAUGAAUAAGUAAAAAAAG